AUGGCAAACAGAUCUCAGGUGGUUGCAAUCGCACCACCCACUUGGGCGUCUUCAGUAACCGGCAGCUUCCACUCCCUGGUGGCUCUGCUCGUCGCCGUCCUUGUCAUCUCCACCGUAUGCCUCUCGCGCGACCGGCCUGGACUCGGGAGCUCGACACCGACGGUACCGACCCGUCAAUGCGACUUGUUCUCCGGGCGGUGGGUGUACGACGACGUGUCGUACCCACUGUACAAGGAGAAGCAAUGCUCGUACAUGUCAGAAGAGAUCGCAUGCGAGGCUCACGGGAGGAAGGACAUGAAGUACCAAAAACGGAGGUGGCAACCCCAUGGCUGUGACCUUCCCAGAUUCGAUGCGACAGCAUUGUUGGAGAAGCUGAGGAACAAGAGGUCGGUGUAUGUGGGUGACUCUUUGAAUCGAGGCCAAUGGCACUCCUUGGUUUGCAUGGUCGAGAUCCCUCCCAGCCUCAAGUCCAUGUCGGACCACAACGCCUCAUUACGCAUCUUGAGGGCUCAUGUAAAAUAUAAUGCGACGAUUGAGUUCUACUGGGCGCCAUUGCUAGUUGAGUCAAACGGCGAUGAUCCUAAGAACCACUCGAUUUAUCAUCGGAUCGUCCGAGUUAAAGCCAUCGAAAAUCAUGCCAAGCAUUGGCACGAUGCAGAUUUCCUCAUUUUCAACACCUACCUCUGGUGGAGGCUACCCGAAAUGGAACUUCUGUGGGGAUCGUUUGGAAGUCCCAAUGCAAUGCACAAAGUGGUGAAAAUGCCUCUUGCAUAUGAGAUGGCUCUCAAUACCUGGUCAGAUUGGUUGGAGACGCAUGUCAAUAGAUCAAAGACCCUAUUAUUCUUCGUUAGCAUGUCCCCGUCUCACGAAAACGCAAGGGACUGGGGUGGGAUUCCUGGCGGAAGCUGUUACGGUGAAACCGAACCAAUUAUGCGAGAAGGGUAUUGGGGAACCGGAUCAGUUCUUGCGAUGAUGCGUGUGGUAGAAAGAGUGAUCAAGAAACUCGAAACACGAGGUGUCACGAUUCACCUCUUCAAUAUUACGCAGCUCUCAGAGUAUCGCAAGGAAGCACAGCCCACCAUCCAUAGAAAAUAUUGGCAUCCCCUAACUAAAGAGCAGCUUGCAAAUCCGAUUAGCUAUGCGGAUUGCUUCCACUGGUGCCUCCCUGGACUACCAGAUGUGUGGAACGAACUUCUCUACACUUAUAUUUUCCAUUAUUUAGACACCUAUGUUUAGAUAUUGAGUUGGAGGUGCAAAGAGGCAAUUGUAAAAUACUAGUUGUGCGAUUGGGUAUACUUUUUUCCUUUUGAUCUAUAUAUAUAGACACACACAUAGUGAUAGAUCCAGGACAAUUCUGUCGGUCCAAAAUUGGAGGGAACGAGGA